CAGGGCUGGAGGGGAAGGAUCCAAACUGCAGGCCUGGGGCUGUGGGGAAGGGGUGUGUCUGAAAGGGCUGGAGGGCGGGAUAAGAGGAGCCUGGACCCUGGGGCAGAGGCCUCCAGGGAAGGCUGGUGAGUCCCAUCCAGGCCAUGGGGUGGGAGACGAGGUGCAGCUCCAGAAGGCCUUGGGGGCCAUUGUAGGUAGGAGGGAGGAGCAUGACAAAUGAGAGGCUCGAGUUGACACAGUAAGUGGGACUCCAGGUCCCUGAGCACCUUGCUGGGGAUACGGCAUGCAACACAGUUCUGUGGGAGAGAUGUUCUCUUUACGACAGGGAGGUGGCCACUAGGAAGUUACUGUGUGGCUCAGGGCCUGCACCCCAGCACUUGUCUGCCUCAGGGGGAUACUUGGGACCAGGAGUCAGGGUUGGAAACAAGGGACAUCCCUUUCUGGUCCUUGGAUAUCUCCGCAGUGAAGGAGAGGGCUGGCCAGCUGACAGGACUGUUGUCUCAGGAGCAGCCUGGUUCCCAAGCUCCUGGCCCCAAGGCCCAGCCCUCUGGUUUGUGCACCACCACUGCAGCAAGUGGGGGAGUGAGUGUGGCGCCUUGCGGCCACAGGAGCUAACCAGGCCCCUGCACAGGGAUGAGGGGGCCAGGCGCUCUGGUCAAGGCAUCAGGAAGCAGAGAGGACCUUGCUGUGGUGGCCACUAGUCUGCCUCCAGCCUGCAGAGGCAUUCGGUGUCUCAUGACACAACUGUCCACUCCAUACAUUCUCAGCUGAGCACCUCCUAGGCAUCAGAAGCUGGGGAUUCCACAGUGAGCCUGUCCCUGCUCUCCUGCAGCUAGUACUCGAGGGAACAGGUCCAAAGCUUUGUCCCCUCACUUGGAAACCCUAUAUCCAAUGCUAGGGCCAGUGUCUGUGGAGUCCCCUGAUGUGUUUAUGCCACAGGAGGCAAUGUAGGAAGUGCUGUGCGAGCUGCUGCCCCUCACCCCAAGGACUCCGGGCCACUAGGGCUGAGCGGCCCCUCUGGCUCCUUCAGCCAGCCCAACUUUCCCAGGGCUGAGGUGCCAGCAGGGGAGGUGGGGAUGGUGGGGGAACAGGUGGGGAGGCCGGGGGCCUGGUCACACUCUGGUCAUCAGCCUGCAGUAACCUCUGUGGGUGGAGAUGUCUGCUGGACCACGCUUCACAGGAGAGGAAACUAAGGCACAGAUAAGUGACUUGUCGGCGGCCUGCUCCCCUUGGGCACUUACACUAGAUUGGGUUUGGGACCUGUUGGCCCACAGGGUCCGUAAAACUGAACGUGCCUCAGGGUGGAAGCUUCUGGCCAUGCCUCAAAGCAAGUGCUGACGCUGAGCCCCGGAACUAUUGUCCUUUGUGAGGUGGCCCUGGGAGCUGGCAACGGAUUCCAUCCUGGGGGAGGGGUGGGCAAAAGCCUGAUCAGGGCCUGUGUAGGAGAUGGUUCUCGCCAUGCUGGGGGCUCUGUAUCCCAGGGCUGGGCUCAGUCUCUUCCUCUUGUACCUCAUCCUGGCGGCGGCUCUCCUUCGCCCCCAGCCCCUGAGGUCUCAGCGGUCUGUUCCUGAGGAGUUUUCCGCCCCGCUGGAACUCUCGCAGCCACUUUCCGGACUGAUGGAUGACUAUGGGGUCCGACCCAAGCACCCCUGGCCACGAGGGCCACGAGGGCCUCGGCCCCUCCUCUCCCAGGCCGAGCAGCGCAAGCGGGACGGGCCAGACAUGGCUGAGUAUUACUAUGACGCACACCUGUGACGGGAGCCCCCAUAAAGAUGUUCUGUGCA